UCCUUUGUUACUGUGAUUUGUAUGUUUUUGCCAUUUGAUUGUUAGGAACAUCUUUUCAUUGACUACAUGUAGUAAGUUACUCGUAUAGGGUGCUACUUUUUCAGUUACACUUGCUAGGAUGAUAAAAUAUCAUGUGACCUGUGAUAGAGAGCUGUCUGGUCUACAGCGAUUCCUGAGAGUUAAGUGGUGUAUUCACCGUAUCUGCCUUUGCUUUCACAGAUGAUAACAUUACACAUUUCACUGCACAGUCUGAAAUCGUCCAGCUUUCCAUUGCUGGUGUAAUAAUACAUUUGUAUAUGUGAUGCUUCACUGUUCGGUCUGCUCUCAACUUGUGUUGUUUUACACUCUAUGUGCUAUUGAGGUGUUUUUGUCAAUGUUUAUAUUUGUUGUUUGUAUCUAUGAACUGACUACUAUUUCUAUUUGUAGUAACUAAACUGGCUUAAUUUACAAUGAUGUCUUUUGUUUGCAGCAGUCCUGAGUGUGAAAAUGCUUUUGCUUUUGGAAAAACAUUAUGGUCUGAGCAGUCCAUCCUCAAACUCCUGCUAAAGUCAAUGAGAAUAAUGCAGGAACAAACCCUACACAACAUCAGGCACAGCUGAUGUAAUGAGUCUCAGGACGAGGGAUUGGGAUCCAGCUACUAUACAGAUUGAAGGGGGGAGCACAGAAGGCAAUCCCACGGAGUGUUUGGUUGUCUGGUGAUGAGAAUACCAUCAGAAAAGGAAUGCUACAGAAUGGAAAGAAGUUUGAUUCCUCCAGAGACAGAAACAAGCCUUUCAGGUUCAAGAUUGGCAGGCAAGAAGUCAUUAAAGGAUUUGAAGAAGGUGUUACACAGAUGAGCUUAGGACAAAGAGCAAAGUUGACCUGCACACCUGAGAUGGCCUAUGGAGCCACAGGCCACCCUGGGGUCAUCCCUCCCAAUGCCACGCUCCUCUUCGAUGUGGAGCUACUCAGGUUAGAGUGAAUCUUCUCAAGGGAGUUGGCUGGAGACAUCUGUUAAUACCCAUCCAUCCUUUCUCGCCUUGCCAGCAGUGGGAGAAACCUUCACUGGAAUCCCAGUCUUCCCUGCUCAAGCUGUCCUGUCACUAGCGCCUGCUGUUCAGUUUCUUACGCCUUCCUUCUCUUUUUUAACUUUGUGGUGUCCAUAUUUGCCUUCUAUUAGAAGCUUUGCUUUUGGGAAAAUUGUCUACUGUUGUAACAUUUUCAAGUUGUACAUUUUAUUUAAUUUGCAUGUAAGAAGAAUUCACAGUGAUGAUUGAAAAUAUAUAUAAAUAUAAAUAUAUAUAUAUUCCUUAUUGAAAAACCACUGCCUUACUGUACACUUAAACCAAGAAGAAAACAAACCACAAAAGGUGCUCAAAGAACAAUCCAGUGUACGCCUUGUACAUGAACGGGCAUUAGCCAAACAGAGUUACCUGCGCUGCCACUUUUCUCAACUUGUACGUUCUUCUUGCUGCUGUUUUAAAGAAUACUGUCUCAUUUAAGAAUUAAAAGUAUAUAUAGGAAACAAUAAAAUCUUGAUACUUUACAGUU